AUGUGGAGAUCUCACACUGCCGCGCGCACCGCCGGCCCCUGGGACAGCGGCAGCUUCGCCCAGCGGCGCGACCACGGCUACUGCUGGGUCGAGCUGGUGGAUGGGCGACAAGCCUAUUGCCACUUCGGGGACGGAGCCACGGGCAUCUUGGAUAUCGACACCUUGGAGCCGGUGAGUGCACAGGAGGUGCCCAGCCCCACGCGCUUCGAGGGCGGCUUCGAGGCUGCGAGGGCCGAGGCCUUUCGAAGUUCUAAGCUUUUAGUGGUUUCAGUGGUGUCCGGACGGGGAAAGCCCGUGAAGGAGGAGGCGAUGCAAUACAUGGCCUUGGCAGCCGAGGAGGUGCGAACCGUGCUGCGGGAGAAUGCGGUGUUUUGGAGAGGGAGGCCCUCAGAUUUGAGGGACACUCAGCUGCGUCAACUGGCUCCAGUGGACAUGUUGCCUUCACUGGCGAUUGCGGUGACACUGGCGGCCGAUGCCAUGACAGUGAUUCUGGCCGUUCCGGGCGCUGUGUCUCGAGCACAAACUCUUGAGAGCAUUUUGGAAGGCUUGGAGGCGAUGGAAGUCCAUCGACAAGUGAUGCAAGCGAGGCGGAAUGAUGAGGAUGCCCAACUAAGGCAACAGCAAGACCAGGAGUACGCGGAUGCCUUGGCCAGAGAUCAAGAGCGCGCGCGCCUGGACGCCCCAGGCCGCCCCGCCGCCCCGGACGUGCCGGGCGGCACGGGGGGCGUCGGCACGGCGCCAGCGGUCCUGCCACGGCCGGAGACACGGCCCCCGCCCAUGGAUGAUGCCCAGCGGCGCAUGGCCGAGGACUUCCUCGCCGCGGCGCCCAGCGGCGCCUUGACCGACCCCGUGCGGUUGGUCUUGAAGCUGCCGAGCGGCGAGCGGGUGGAGCGCUCCUUCGAGGGCUCCGAGACCCUGGCGCGGGUGCGGCACUGGGCCACCUGCUGCCCUUGGCUUCCAGAAGCGGAGGGCAGACGCUUACAGAUCCCCUCCACGUUUCAGCUGGCGAUCGCCUUCCCGCGGUGCCGCUUCGUGGCGGCGGAGCUGGAGCGUUCGCUGCGGGAGCUGGGGCUGGCGCCCUCGGCCGCGCUGCUGCUCAUCGAGGAGGAGGUUUGUGCCCCUCAGAAGGCCAACCAGUUAGCCAAACAGAGCAAAACUGGAUGUGAUGGUGGGGAGAAUGGCUUGAGACCGAGACCACCGGGAGAUGAGGCGAACGUGAGGUUUCGCAUGCUUUGCCCGGCGAUCCGGGAUCGGCCGCUUUGUCAUUUGAAGCAAGAGAACGACUGGGGAGGAUGGGAUCUCAUCACUGCAGGAUCCUCAGACUUCGGCCCCAUGGAGCCUCCUGCAUGGGGAAGAGAACUCUUCAGCAGGGUGAAGGACAAGCCCCGCUCAGAGCGUGGCUUGCUGAUGCGUUUGGUGGACGACGUUUUUGCCGAGGCAGAGAAGCGGCGUGAGGAAGGCUGCCAAGUGCACGUUGUCUUGCAAAUGCUGGAAGUCUACAACGAGAAGUUGAAUGACCUCCUGGUAGAGCCUGACUCCGGGCCCACGAAUGCCUCACCGGGCAUGGUCAAGAACAAGAUCAAGAUCCAUGUACAUCCGGAGCUGGGCGUGUACCUCACCAAUGCCACCGAGGCCCAGGUGUCCACCGCCGAGGAGUGCAUCAAGACGAUUGGUUUUGGCAACACCAUGAAGGUAGUGCACGCCACCGCGAUGAACGCGCAGAGUUCUCGCGGCCACACCAUUUGCAAGCUGAAAAUGUUCACUCAGGGCGGGAAGGACAAUCAGAUCUCCAACGCAGAGGUCUACUUCGCGGAUUUGGCCGGGCGCGAGAACGAGAAGGACACCCAGGUGACUGGGGAACGUUUCGUUGAGCUGGGCUUCAUCAACAAGAGCCUGCAUCACUUGGCCAACUGCAUCCGUGAUCUGGGUCAAGCGCCCAAGCGCCGCAGGAGUCUCACCGAGCCGUCGAGCACCAAGAAGGCUCCGCCGGUCCAGCCCAAUGACAUGUCCAAGUUCCGGAACUCGAAGCUGACCUUGCUGUUGUCCAAUGCCUUGUCGGGGAAUUCCCGGACCUCCAUGAUUGGCACUUUGAGCCCUGCACCUUCGAACUUCGAAGAGAGCCACAAUACACUGAAGUUCGCCAGCACGGUGAAAACCAUCAAAGUCCAGGCCAAGGCGACCAAAGCCGUGGACAAGGACGCCCUGGUGAAGGAGCUGAAGAGUGAAAUCCAAGAGCUCCGGAAGCAGCUGGAACAGGCAAAGGAGAAGCACGAUGAUGAGGCAGCGCAACAGAUUCAAGAGAAUCUGGAAGCCAGCAAAGCCAUUUUUGCCGUGGAAACGCGUGAUUGGGUUCACUUCCAGGAGGCGACGGAGCAGCGGCGGAAGCGCUCGAAGAGGUCCAGUUUCCUCUUGUCGUCCCACGACAUGAACGAGAUGCCGUUGCCCUUUUUGGCCAACUACUCCGAGGAUCCUCAUUUGGCCUUCAAAUUGGUGAUGCAUGUGCCCAACGAUGGUGUGGAGCGGUCGCUGGGAACAGACAGCGACUGCGCCUUCCGUUUGCCUCCGGGGCUGGGCGUGUCGGCCACCACGGGCUACAUCCGCCACGACGAAGGCCGGGUGCUGCUGCGCCCCGCGCCGCCGCCCAAUGGCCACGGCCGAGCGGGCGCCAUCGAGGUGAAUGGAAGCAAGUUGAUCAACGAACAAGAGUUGAAACACUUGGACUGCAUCCUCUUUGGCCGCUCGACCGUCACCACCUUCUACUUGUUCUUGCAACGUGCAUCUCCGGAGGAGCUGCAAGAGAAGCUGAGAACUUCCAGAGCAGAGAUGGAGGAUGGUCGAAUUACUCAACAACUGGUGGACAGUAUUCUUGGCGAGGCACGGAGCAAAGAUCCCGUGGAGGCCAAGCUCGCAGGAGAUUAUUGCAAUCAGCUCCAGAGUCAAAACCGAGACCGUGAGGGGGAGCUGAUGUUGAAGGCAUUCAUGAUUGGCGCGCGGCGUGCACAAGCCAAAGUGGAUGAAGCCAAUGAGCUCACACGCUUGGUGCGCCCCGCGUCAGGACUGCAGUUCGAACUGGCCGCGCAGGCACCCGUCCUGUCGUACGGCUUCAACGACUGCGCAAACCUUCCGCAGCUUUGUGUGCGCCUGGUCAAGCGGACCUCGCCGCUGGAGCGCUUCCGCGCAGCGGCGCGGAAGGUCAUGGCGCUCUACGGGAAGAACCGCAUCCAGGCGGCGGUGCUCUCGGUGCUGCCGGGCGCGAACAACCGCGGCAGCGGACACAGUGGGGAGGGCCUGGCGCAGCUGGGGCAGGGCCUGAGGAUGCUUCUAAUGUGGAGCCUUGAUUAA